AUGUUAGCUGCUAGAAACUCUGUGAGAAGCAACACUGUUGCUCGUGCUGUUAUGGCCGUUCGUGCCAACUCUACAGCCUCUCCACAUGGCCCAGUCAUUGGUAUUGAUUUAGGUACCACUAAUUCUGCUGUUGCCAUUAUGGAAGGUAAGACCCCAAAGAUCAUUGAAAACGCAGAAGGUGGUAGAACUACACCUUCUAUUGUUGCCUUCACCAAGGACGGUGAAAGAUUAGUUGGUAUUCCAGCUAAACGUCAAGCUGUUGUUAACCCAGAAAACACUUUAUUUGCCACCAAGAGAUUGAUUGGUCGUCGUUUCGAAGACCCAGAAGUUCAAAGAGAUUUGAACCAAGUUCCUUACAAGAUUGUUAAACACGAAAAUGGUGAUGCUUGGUUAGAAGCUAGAGAUGAAAAGUACUCUCCACAACAAAUUGGUGGAUUCAUCUUGAACAAGAUGAAGGAAACUGCUGAAGCUAACUUGGGUAAGACUGUUAAGAACGCUGUUGUUACUUGUCCUGCUUAUUUCAAUGAUGCUCAAAGACAAGCUACCAAGGAUGCUGGUAAGAUUGUUGGUUUGAACGUUUUAAGAGUUGUUAACGAACCAACUGCUGCUGCUUUGGCUUAUGGUUUAGAAAAGAAUGAUGGUCAAGUUGUUGCUGUCUUUGAUUUGGGUGGUGGUACUUUUGAUAUCUCCAUUUUGGAUAUUGGUAACGGUGUCUUUGAAGUCAAAUCCACUAACGGUGACACUCAUUUGGGGGGUGAAGAUUUUGAUAUUGCUGUUGUUAGAAACAUUGUUGACAACUUUAAGAAGGAAACUGGUAUUGAUUUGGAAAAGGAUAGAAUGGCUAUCCAAAGAAUCAGAGAAGCUGCUGAAAAGGCCAAGAUUGAAUUGUCUUCCACUGUUGCUACCGAAAUCAACUUGCCAUUUAUUACUGCUGAUGCUUCUGGUCCAAAGCAUAUCAACCAAAAGAUCACCAGAGCCCAAUUUGAAAAAUUGGUUGAACCUUUAGUUAAGAGAACCCUCGAACCAUGUAAGAAGGCUUUGAAGGAUGCUGGUUUGAGUACCUCAGACAUUUCUGAAGUUAUCUUGGUUGGUGGUAUGUCUCGUAUGCCAAAGGUUAUCGAAACCGUCAAGUCUAUUUUCGGUAAGGAUGCUUCCAAGGCUGUCAACCCAGAUGAAGCUGUUGCUAUGGGUGCUGCCAUUCAAGGUGGUAUUUUGGCUGGUGAAGUCACUGAUGUUGUCUUGUUGGAUGUUACUCCAUUGUCUUUAGGUAUUGAAACCAUGGGUGGUGUCUUUGCCAGAUUGAUUAACAGAAACACUACUAUUCCAGCUAAGAAGUCUCAAGUUUUCUCUACUGCUUCUAACGGUCAAACAUCUGUUGAGAUUAGAGUUUUCCAAGGUGAAAGAGAAUUGACUAAGGACAACAAGUUAAUUGGUAACUUUACCUUAUCUGGUAUUCCACCAGCUCCAAAGGGUGUUCCCCAAAUUGAAGUUACCUUUGACAUUGAUACUGAUGGUAUCAUCAAGGUUUCAGCUAAGGAUAAGGCUACCAACAAGGAUGCUUCUAUCACUGUUGCAGGAUCUUCUGGUUUAUCUGAUUCUGAAAUCGAACAAAUGGUUGCUGAUGCUGAAAAGUUUGCUGAAUCUGAUAAGGCCAGAAAGGAAUCCAUUGAAGCUGCUAACAGAGCAGAUCAAUUAUGUAUUGACACUGAAAACUCUUUGAAUGAAUUCAAGGAUAAAUUGGAUGCCGCUGAUGCUGAAAAGGUUAGAACCCAAAUUUCUGCCUUGAAGGAAAUUGUUGUUAAGGCCCAAUCUGGUGAUGAAGUUGAUGCUGCUGAAUUGAAGGCUAAGACUGAAGAAUUACAAAAUGAGUCCUUGAAGGUUUUCGAAAAGUUGUACAAGAACAAUGAUGAUGGAUCUUCUUCAUCUUCAUCAUCUGAAGAACCAAAGAACUAA